UAACGGUGUCAGGCGUCCUGAGGCCCCACAUCAGAGCAGCAGGAGCAGGAAACGCACGUGAACUGGAAUCAUGAGACUCUCGUCGGGAUGGACAACACUACUGUUCCUGCUGAUUCAAGGAGCUUCACGAGCGUGCACAGCUAAGCGCCUGGGCAGCAGCACAGGACGAUUCGCCAACGCCACACUCGUGCGCCUGUCGGAGUUCCUGAGUGCGGGUUAUAAGAAAGGAGUGAGACCAGUGAAAGAUUGGAGGACGUCCACUAUCGUCGCCAUAGACCUCAUGGUUUACUCCAUUCUGAAUGUGGAUGAGAAGAACCAGGUUUUGACAACAUACGUGUGGUACAGACAAUCGUGGACGGAUGAAUUCCUGGUCUGGGACCCUGAAGACUUUGAUGAAGUCAAACAAGUGUCUUUACCCACGGCUAACGUGUGGGUGCCCGACAUCCUCAUCAAUGAGUUCGUGGACGUGGGGAAGUCUCCCGACAUCCCUUACGUCUAUGUGACUCACGAUGGACUCGUGCGCAACUACAAGCCCAUCCAGGUGGUGACGGCCUGCACGCUCAACAUCUACAAUUUCCCUUUUGAUGUGCAGAAAUGUAGCCUCACCUUCCAGAGUUGGCUCCACACCAUCGAUGACAUCAACAUCACGCUGAUGCGAAGCCCCGAGGAGCUCAGGGAGGACAAGAGCGUCUUCAUGAACCAGGGAGAGUGGGAGCUGCUGCACAUCCUGUCCAACUACAAGAUCUUCAGCGUGGACAACGACGACUACUACGCCGAGAUGAAGUUCCACGUGGUGAUCCGACGGCGGCCGCUGUUCUACACCGUGAACCUGCUCAUGCCCAGCAUCUUCCUGAUGGUGAUGGACAUCGUUGGCUUCUAUCUGCCACCAGACAGUGGAGAGAGGGUUUCCUUCAAGAUCACUUUGCUCCUGGGCUACUCCGUCUUCCUCAUCAUCGUCUCAGACACUCUGCCAGCCACUGCCAUAGGAACCCCGCUGAUAGGCGUGUACUUCGUGGUGUGCAUGGCGCUCCUGGUGAUCAGUCUGACAGAAACCGUGCUGAUCGUGCGCCUGGUCCACAAGCAGGACCUGCAGCCUCCCGUGCCUCACUGGGUGAAGUACCUGGUGCUGGAGAGAGCUCCGGUCCUGUUCUGCAUCCACAGGAAGCACCGCCUCUGCUCCAGACUGUCGUCCCACACCUCGGACCUGGAGCCGUACAAGGAGAACAGCUAUGGAUCUGCGCGGUGCACACACCACCACCACCACACCUGCGAGGUCGGUCAAAGGCUGAGCCAUCACGACAGGGAAGGCGGCCUGCGUGGCCUUGGCCUGCCGCCCGCCAGAGACCCCACGCCGCCCGUCAUGGACAACAUCCUGCACGAGGUGACGGCCAUACGUCACUUCCUGGAGAAGAGGGACAGGUGCCGGGAAGUGGCCAAAGAGUGGCUGCAGGUGGGCUACGUGCUGGACGUGCUGCUCUUCAGGGUCUACCUGGUGGCCGUGGUGGCGUACAGCAUCACACUGGGCACACUGUGGUCAGUGUGGCAGGUCGCCUGAGUGUUGCAGCAACACAACUAGUGUGGAUACAAGCUCAGCGGAGCGUGGAAUUAAAAAGGCGAGACUUAGCAGCUCUAAGCCCCCGUGGCUCAGUGGAGACAGGGGAGGCUCUCGUAAAGCAGUGGAACAGUGAAAUGGUUCCUGUACUUGAGGCACUAUAUCCCUGCAAGCACUAUUAUUGUUAUCAUCCAUUUAGUAUGUUCGGUUUUUUUCCAUCACAGAUGCUUUCAGGGUCCAGCCCAAAGCAGCCAAGUAGACCUAUACGACAUCCCCACACACUUACACUGUAAAAAUACAAAACAGAUUUAUUUAUCCAUCAAAGAAAUCCCAGGAUUAGUUCAUUUUCAUGGCAAGUACAAACAAUACUGACAAAUAAAUCCUUUCAGGGCCUCCUCAUGGCUCACGAGUCAGUUUCAAUGUUCAUUUAUUUAAAUUCAUCAGUAUUUUUAAGUGUAAAGUAACAAGUUCUAAUCUUCUGCAUUGAAGAUACAGUUCAGGAUAAUACACAGGCUGGUGUGUGGCAGAUUAUCUGUACAUAAAAUAUCAAACUACUAUUACUGCAAUGUAAAUAUUUUAAAUAUGCAUUAACAAUACGGAAGAAAUAAAGAUUUUAAACUAUAAACUGCAUAUAUUGCUCAACAUAUACAGUAGAUAUGAAAAAAAAUGUAAUUGGUUACAUUUAUUUAUUAAAUGUGUGUCACAUGAUAUAAUAAAACCUGAUGAUCUUUUUUUAAACAGCUGUUUAAUAAUAAUAAUUUUGUUUGGGCUUUAAAAGUAUUAUACAGUAUUAAUAGUUUUGCUGUAUUGGCUCUGUGUUGAGAUGUUUGUAUUUUCCUCAUACUUUUCUUUAUCCUGUCUCUUAAAUAAACUGUAAACACGACUCCUUUCACCUGGACAUCAUCGUUUCAUUCACAUGCAGUACACCACAGCAGCCAGAGGAGGGCACCAUGUACAACGGCAUCAGUUUGCUGUCCUCACCGAGGACAAAGCCUUCACACUCUCAAAUUGUUUUUUGUUUUUUUUCCCUGCAAAUGAUGUCUGUGUGAAACCUGUGAUAUUUAAUUAUCUUUUAACGUAUUGUGUUGUCAAUAUCAGUGUCACAUCAAUGACGGCUAUUAAAGUGCCACUUUGUGGGAGUGACAAUUGUGUGAAAAAGGAAAAAACUAAAGAAAAGCAAUAUUCAUGUGUUAUUAAAGAGAGUUUUAAAGGCCUGGACAGUUGCUUAUAUUGUCAUUAACUGUGUCGCCUCAAGGUUCAAGGUUCCUUUAUUGUCAUUGUGAGCUUCAUAUACUCAAGUCCACACCAGUCAGAAUAGUACAGGAAGUCUUUAGACCCAGGAUUUACUCCUAUUGUCCAC